AUGGUACCAAAUAAAUCAAACAGAACUACAAGAAGAAACAGAAAGAACUUGGUCAUUCACCAGUAUAUACUGUCAUCUCCAAGUACAAAAGAUCAAGAAGAUGAGAAAUUUGUCCCUAUGAGCAGCUUGUCAGGUUCUCUAGGUAGCUUAACAUACUACAAAAAAACUAGUACUACAGUCAAAGCUCGAUAUAGUGAUAUGGAUGGUGGACAGAAAUUGUAUCACUAUCACUAUAUUGAGUGUGUUUUUUCUUACUCUGCGAAUUAUUUAGUGAUAUUUCUAAUGCUGUUUACAAAAAUAAACUCAGAGCUCGAUAUAGUGGAACGUCUAUAUUUUCUGGUAGAUGGUAAAGUAUUAGCCGAAAUUGAGGCUUAUCUACCAGAAAAUAAGACAAAAAAUACAACUACCAGAAAAUAA